AUGAUUACAGACCGGCCAAUAUUUGACAGCAAGGGCAACGUGAGCAUGAUUGUGGGAGUGGCGAGCGACAGCCGGCCGUUCAAGGAGCAGAUCCAAGCUUUCAUCGGCAGCUGCAGCAGCAGCAUGCACGUCAGCACGUCCCUUGGCCCUGUGUCGACUGCUUCACCUGGUGCCGCCGCUGCUGCCGCUGCUUUUCAUUCUGUUGCUUCUGCUCCCCCUGGCGCUGCUGCUGCUUCUCCCCUUGGUGCUGCUGCUUCCACUCCUGAUGGCUUCCCAUCGCCAGCCACGCCACUUGAGAGCAUCCCAUCGCCAACUGCAGCAGAGGACAAGGCAGGGGAUAAGGCAGAGCACUGGCAGUUAGCACAAGGCUUGAAGCCACUGCAGCUGAAUGUGACCACUGCACCCCUGCGACCGAUCCGGGUUCCUGAAAGCGCGACCAUUUUUGCAACCGGAAAUGGAACUGGAGGUGCUCCUUCCCGUGUGGCUCGUGUGGCCUCCCGGCUUUCUGCUGCUCCUCUGCGUUCUCCCUCUCACACGAGCACCACACCACUGCGUCUCCCUGCGUUGGCCUACACCGAUGAGGCUGAUAUGACUGUGCCGCUUGCAGGCCUUGUUGGUCGCGGCUCUGGAGCUCUGGGCUUCCAAGGAGGAGGAGAUGACGGGGGAGAAACAGCAGCAAUGGCGUUUGAUUUCCCGAAGGGAGAAACAGCAGUGCCAUUUGAUUUCAGUGCAGAAGGGGGGCCGGGAGGAGGAGAAGCAGCGUUACCAUUUGAGUUUGAUGCAGAGGCCGAGGCUGCUCACGCGGAGGAGCAGCACCCGUGGCAGAUACCUUUCGCUUCAACUGUCCUAUCCCUGGCUGGCAGGGUGGCUCAGUCAAUCGGGCAGAGGAGGGUGGUGCAGGGAGGGAGGAGUCCCAAGGCGAGCAGGCUGAGUCCGGAAGGGGACAGGCUCAGCCGUCACAACAGCGGCUCUGGUAGCUCUUGCAGCAGUUCUACCACUGCUGGCGCCGCUGCUGCUGGGGCUGGUGGUUGGGGCGGUGGUGGGAGUGACAGUGCAAGCCGAGUUCACGGCACAGGCGGCCCUGCUGCAGCUGCAGCGACAGCGUGCCAUGCACACAUGGAGGAUCUGAUUCUGGCGGAUACUCCCAAGUGCGCGGGCGGCAUGGGCGGCGCGGACGGCAUGGGCGGCGCGAGCGGCAUGGGCGGCGCGGGCGGCAUGGCUGGCAUGGGAGACAUGGGAAUGGGGGAUGUGAGCAUGGGAGGGCAGGAGCAGAGGGAUAGGCUCUUUGAUCCGCCUCUCAGGAGGCUGCUGGAGAGGCAGCAGGGCGAUGUGAGCAUGCGAGAAGGAGAGGAGGAGCAGAGAAACGCUCUGGCGCAGUGGCAGGGUCUGGCACAGGGUAUUGGCGAUGGGCAGGGCAGUGGGGGCGCUGGGAGGGAGUUGCGGGUGGAGAGGGAGCAGGGCAACAGGGAGAGGCAGGAGAGGGAGCGGUUUUGGGAGGACGGGGUGGCGCGGUGGGAGAUUCGGUGGGAGGACAUUCAGCUGGGGCAGGAGGUGGGGCACGGGGCGUGUGGUACGGUCUAUCACGGCACCUGGAACGGCUCAGACGUGGCAGUGAAGGUGUUUGCACGGCACGACAUCAGUGGUGAUUUCAUGCGCGACUUCAAGAAAGAGAUCCGCAUAAUGGAGAAGCUGCGUCAUCCCAACAUUCUUCUCUUCAUGGGAGCUGUGGCAUCUCUCGACCAUCUCGCCAUCGUGACAGAAUUUCUUCCCCGCGGUAGCCUCUUCCGCCUGCUCCACCGCCGCACUGCUGGGCUCACCCGCCUGAGACUGCUGCGCAUGGCACUGGACGUGGCUCGGGGAGUGAAUUAUCUGCACAAGUGCUCGCCCCCUGUAGUGCAUCAUGAUCUCAAGUCCGCCAAUCUGCUCGUUGACAGGAACUGGACUGUUAAGGUGGGCGAUUUUGGGCUGCGCAAGAUGAAGUUUGCAACGUACCUCUCUGCUCGCUCAGGCCGCGGAACAGUGCGUUUCACUUUCUUCCCCUUCUUUCCUCCGCAUGUAUCAUGGAAGGCGUUUUAG